AUGACCACUAACUUGUUGCGGUAUGGACGCAAGUUGCAGCUAUUCCUCAGACUUCCCUAUAAAAUCCCCAACACAACUUCUCAAAUCAAAUCAUCAGGAAACACCUUAUUAUCCUUUCAAGAGCUCCAAAACACAACCAUGGCCCGACGCUUCAUCCAUGUCUUCUCUUGGCUUCUCGUGAUUCUCCUUGCAGCCAGUGAAGGCACCCAAGCUGUCGAAUACACCGUCACCAACACCGCCCUCGCCACCCCCGGCGGUGUCGCCUUCCGCGACAAAGUAGGCGCCGCCUAUGCCAAGCAAACAAUGGACUCUGCAACGCAAUUCAUAUGGAGGACCUUUCAGCAGCAGAAUUCUCCCGCAGACAGAAAGAACGUGCAAAAGGUUAGCUUGUUCGUGGAAGAAAAAGACGGAGUGGCAUAUGCUAUAAACAACGAGAUUCAUCUCAGCUCGAGAUAUGUUGGAAACUACAAUGGAGAUGUGAGAAGAGAAGUAACUGGUGUGCUAUAUCACGAGAUGACGCACAUAUGGCAGUGGAAUGGGAAUGGUAGGGCUAAUGGAGGGUUGAUCGAAGGGAUUGCUGAUUAUGUGAGGCUGAAAGCUGGCUAUGCGCCGAGCCACUGGGUGAAACCUGGCCAGGGUGAUAAGUGGGACCAUGGCUAUGAUGUUACUGCUUAUUUUCUGGAUUACUGUAACAGUCUGAGAAAUGGGUUUGUGGCAGAACUGAACAAGAAGAUGAGGACUGGAUAUAGUGACGACUACUUUAGGCAGAUCCUUGGGAAGCCUGUGGAUCAGCUGUGGAGAGACUAUAAAGCUAAAUAUGGCAAUUAGAAAAGUGUUCUAAUGGUGGGAAAAUAGUAAGAGCUUAUUAGUUUAAAGAAUAAGAUGAUAUAUAAAUGUAAUUGUAUCACCGUUUCUAUGCAGGAAAUGAAUGCAUCAUAUCACUGCUUAUAAUUAAUGGAAAUGUCUAACGUAUUUUGCUUUACUUGACUAA